UCAACAGGCAAUAAUGCUUUAUCGCAACUUAUGAAGCAUACAGGUGGCGAUCGAUCAUUACAACAAGGAGAUCGUACAACCGCAGGUCCAUCAUCGUUUCAAGGUCCUUCUUCUAUGCGUCAACAACAAGGUCCAGGCGGGGCAGGAUCAAGCGAAGCAGAAGCUUUCUUUCGUCAACAACAAGCUCAACAUCAAUUCGCCGCUCAAAAUGGUGGAGCGUUUGAUUUUGAAAAGAUGAAAGGAGAAAUGAAUAGAAUGCAAGCCGGUGGUCCUCAACCGAAUUGGGCAGACGAAAUGGCAAGACAAGCUGGUGCAGGUCAAGGUCCACAAAUGAUUCCACCGGAAGUUUUACGUCAAAUGGGCGGAAGUGGACCGGGUAUGGCCGAAAUGGAAGCUGCUUUCUCUCGUGGUCAAAGUAUGCCGGGCGAUAGCGCACAAGCACAAGCAUGGAGACAACAAUUCCCUGGCUACUCUGGUCCUUCUAGCGCAGCCCCAAGUGUUGCUAACGGUAGUGGCUCUGCAUCAUCCUAUAUGCCACGCAUGCACGGCAUGAAUGGCGGAAUGGGAAUGGGCAUGAUGGGCGGUGGUUACGGAGGAAUGUCUUCGAUGUAUAAUCGUGCACCCUUGUCAUCUACUACCAGCAAGGCAGAAACCCAACAAACUGGUCGCUUGACUGAACUGGAUGACGCAAAGUGGGAAGAACAAUUUGCCAAACUAGAUGAAACUGCUGCUGAUGAAGGCAAGACCGACAAAGGAAAAGACAAAGCCGUUGAUGCAUUGCCAAGCGAAGACGAACAAAAUGCUGCAGUGCGCAGAGCUUUGGACGAUUUGGAAAGUGAAGUAUCUGGUGAUGGCGCAGCAGCACAAACUCGAUUUGAAGAAUUAUGGAAUUCGAUGAAUUCUGGUAAUGCUGCCGAUGUGGAUCUGGCAGAAUGGGAGAAAGAGUUGAGCGAUACUAGAAAUCGCAUUCAAGAUGAAAUGUAUACUCACCCAGGUGGAGGCAUUGGCUUGGGAGAAGCAGCACGAAUGGAACGUGGUGGAUUGGAUGGCACAGAGGAUGGUUUGUUGGAUGGAUUUGGUACGAUCAGCCCAGAAGGAUACCCAAGACUUGGCAAGUACCGAUUUGAUGCACGUAACCGCUUCACAUCACAUCCUGACCCUCUCUCUGAAGGUCUACGUCUUUUGGGCAACGGUGGAAGUUUGGCAGAUGCUGCACUUCUGUUCGAAGCUGCUACGCAAAGAGAACCAUCUAUGGGAACAGGUGGUGAAGAAAAUGAAGUGGAUGCAAAACGUCGCUUCCAAAGUGAAGCAUGGAGACGUUUAGGAGAGGCACAAGCGAUGAAUGAAAGAGAAACACAGGCCAUUCGUGCGCUCGAAGAGGCUAUCAAGAUUGAUGAUGGUAAUUUGGAAGCAUACAUGGCAUUGGCUAUUGCUUACACCAAUGAAGGCUAUGAUGCAGCUGCUCAUACUACUUUGGAGAGGUACAUGGAGCGUGCUUAUCCACAUCUCAAGCCUGAACCUCUACCUGCAUCAAUCUCAGGCAAUAAAGAUCCCAUCGAAGGCACCCAAUUUGAUGGAGAUUCAAAUCCUUGGGCUACGUUGAACCGAGUCACUUCGUUAUUCUUACAAGCUGCUCGAGAAGGUAAUGCUUCUGGUCGUAUCGAUCCAGAAGUGCAAGUAGGUUUGGGAGUAUUGUUCUACAGCAACUCCAGCUAUGACCAAGCUAAAGACUGCUUCGAAGCAGCCCUGUCAGUUCGACCAAAUGAUACACUCUUGUGGAAUCGGUUGGGCGCUACACUGGCAAAUGGAGGCAAACCGGAAGAUGCUAUUCAAGCAUAUCAUAAAGCCUUGGAAAUUCGUCCUACGUUUACCCGUGCAAUUUACAAUUUGAGCGUUUCAUGCUUAAAUUUGGGCGCACAUCACGAAGCUGCCGAACAUCUUUUGGCCGCUUUGUCAUUACAACAAUCUCAUGAAAUGCCAGAGAUUCCCGCUGAGCUAGGAGGAGGCGAAGGUGGACCUGGAAAAUUCCCACCUCCUUUGUCGGAUGCACAAGAAAGUUCUAAUUUAUGGAGUACCUUACGACGUAUCUUUUUGAGCAUGGAUCGUACUGAUCUGGCUCAACAAGCACAUAUCGGUGCCAAUCUUAAUCAAUUCCGCGGAGAGUUUGAAUUCUGAGCACACACAUACACACACAGUCAUCCUGUAGAUUUUUAACACAUGUACACAUCACACAUAAAUCAAUGAAGAUAUAUUAUACGAUUCGCAUCUAUAGUAAAACGAUUACCCGAUAGCAUUGUAUUGUGCUCGAUUUGG